AACUAACUUCAUUCAUAAUCACUCAACAACUAUCAAUUCCCUCUAUCAUCAGAUUUAUAUAAUUUUUUGAAUUGGAUAUAUAUAGGAGAGAUCAGAGAUGGCAGGGAAUCAUGGAGUCCAUUCAGUGGCUUUGGAUAUCAGCGAUGAUCAUCAAACUUCAGAUGCAUCUGAAACCUCCUGCAAUAAUAACUUCAUUUUUACUCUGCCCUUUAUCCAGAAGGUGAUUGCGGAGAUUUUUGGGACGUAUUUCUUGAUGUUCGCGGGGUGUGGGGCGGCGGCGGUGAACGCCGACAAGGGGACGGUGACGUUCCCCGGAGUAGCCAUCGUGUGGGGGCUGGCGGCGGUUGCUAUGAUCUACUCCGUCGGACAUAUCUCCGGCGCGCAUUUCAACCCGGCCGUCACCAUUGCUUUUGCUACCUGCAGAAGGUUCCCUUGUGUACAAGUACCUGCCUAUAUACUAGCUCAGAUGAUCGGAGCAACCGCAGCAAGUGGAACCUUACGGCUAUUAUUUAACAAAGAACAUUAUCACUUCGUCGGAACAACUCCGGCGGGAUCGGAUUUGCAAUCUCUCGUCAUCGAGUUCAUAAUAACAUUUUAUCUCGUGUUCGUCAUUUCAAGUGUUGCCACUGAUAGUCGAGCGGUCGGAGAACUUGCGGGCCUCGCUAUUGGAGCUACCAUUUUGCUCAAUGUCAUGUUCACCGGGCCAAUAACAGGGGCAUCAAUGAAUCCAGCAAGGAGUUUGGGUCCAGCAAUAGUAUCAAAUAGAUACAGAGGAAUAUGGAUAUAUAUGUUGGGUCCAACUGCAGGGGCCAUUGCAGGUGCAUGGGUCUACAACAUCCUCAGGCUCAAAAACAAACCAUGAUAUAUUAUUGUUAUGGGGAAGUUUUAUGGAGUGUUAAUAUUCUUUAAAAAGAAAUAAAUAUGCUUUAAAUACAAUUGCAGCUUCUCUUUGUAGAGCCCAAUGUAGCAUAGAAAGUUGCUAUUCCUUUGUACUCCCUUCUAGAAA